AUGCGUCCAUGGACGGGGUCGUGGCGCUGGAUAGCGCUGGUGCUGCUGGCAUGGGGGACCCUGCUCUUCUACAUCGGGGGCCAUCUGGUCAGGGACGGCGAGCACGCGCCCCGCUCCAGCCGGGAGCUGGCCAAGAUCCUCACCAAGCUGGAGCGCCUCAAACAGCAGAACGAAGACCUGCGGCGCAUGGCUCAGGCACUCAGGAUCCCUGAAGGGCAGUCGGGGAGACCGAGCUCCACAGGCAGACUGCGUUCCUUGGAGGAUCAGCUAAGCAGAGCCAAACAGGAGAUCCACAGCUACCAGAGGCUGUUUGGGGAGGCGGGCCCCGGCCGUGAGCAGGAGCUGUAUCGGAGGAAGGUGGAGAAUGGCGUGAGGGAGCUGUGGUAUUUCGUGAGAAGUGAGGUGAAGAAACUGAGCCAUGUGGACCCAGCCACGCAGCAGAAACGCACAGCCAUGCUUCUGCAAGACCUCGGUCACCAGGAGAGGUCCAUCAUGACAGACCUACACUACCUCAGCCAGGCGGACGGCGCAGGCGUGUGGCGGGAGAAGGAGGCGAGGGACCUCUCCACCCUGGUGCAGAACAGGAUCUCCUACCUGCAGAACCCACAGGACUGCAGCAAGGCCCAUAAGCUGGUGUGCAACAUCAACAAGGGUUGUGGUUAUGGCUGUCAGCUGCAUCACGUGGUCUACUGCUUCAUGAUCGCCUAUGGCACCCAGCGCACGCUCAUACUGGAGUCGCACGGCUGGCGCUACUCCACCGGUGGCUGGGAGACCGUUUUCCGGCCGGUCAGUGACACGUGCACAGACCGCACUGGAGCUUCCACGGGACACUGGUCAGGGGAGGAUCACGAUCGGGACAUCCAAGUGGUGGAGCUGCCCAUUGUGGAUAGCCUCCACCCCAGGCCCCCGUACCUCCCACUGGCCAUCCCGGAAGACCUGGCCCCCAGACUUCAGCGGCUGCACGGAGACCCGUCCGUCUGGUGGGUAUCUCAGUUUGUUAAGUACCUGGUCCGGCCGCAAGCGUGGCUGGAGAAGGAGAUGCAGGAGGCCAGCGUCAAACUGGGAUUCAAGCACCCCGUCAUCGGGGUGCAUGUGAGGCGUACGGAUAAGGUCGGGACAGAAGCGGCAUUCCACCCAAUAGAAGAGUACAUGACCCAUGUGGAGGAGCAGUUUCGGUUGAUGGCCCAGCGAAUCCAGCUGGAUAAAAAGCGGGUAUAUCUGGCAACCGAUGACCCCGCUCUGUUACAGGAGGCCAAGACCAAGUACCCAGAUUACGAGUUCAUCAGUGAUAACUCCAUCGCAUGGUCGGCUGGUCUACACAACCGCUACACAGAGAACUCUCUCAGAGGAGUUAUCCUGGAUAUUCACUUCCUGUCACAAACCGACUUCCUCGUCUGCACCUUUUCCUCACAGGUCUGUCGUGUGGCUUAUGAGAUCAUGCAGACGCUACACCCUGACGCCUCCUCCUACUUUUACUCUCUGGACGACAUCUACUACUUUGGCGGGCAGAACGCCCAUGACCAGAUCGCCAUCUACCCCCACCAGGCACGUACCGCCGAGGACAUCCCCCUGGAGCCUGGCGACGUGGUGGGCGUGGCCGGCAACCACUGGGACGGCUACUCAAAAGGCGUGAACCGCAGGCUGGGUCGCACCGGCCUGUACCCAUCCUACAAAGUGAAGGAGAAAAUCGAGACAGUGAAGUACCCCACGUACCCCGAGGCCGACAAGCUUCUUAUGACCUAAAGGGAGGAAGAGAAGGCUCAAAGAGAGAGGCAGGAGGACAGAGAGAGAGGGGGGAAUAAUUUGCUUGUGAUAUUUUCUUUUCCUGUACAGAGGUUAGAUAGGAGAGCUAAGACAUAGCCCAUGUUUAGAAGACACCCCGAAGACUUGUCGGCACGUGCACGCGCGCGUGUGUAUAAACGUGUAUUCAGGCAUAGCACGUGUCUUCUGCCAUGAACUUGGGUAGCUGAAGUGGACUCCGAUAUGAGCAAAGGGGCAUCUCUACGUUUGGCUGCGGGGGCUGCCCUUUAUUCAUUCAUCGUUUGGGUUCCGUUUUAAAUGCAUUUCUUGCCUUUUAAACCACCCCCCUACCCGAUCACAGAACCCGCCUUUUAACGCCUUUUUCCCCUGCUCGCAGUUCCUGACGCAACCCUUUUAUUCACUUAUAACCCUUUUCAUUCUUGUUUUUCCAACACCUUGUGCUUUCACAUAUUUUAAUAGUCUUUAAGUGUGUACGUACAUGUGUGUGUGCGUGUGCAUGUGUAUGUGCAUGGGUAUGCGUGAGUGGAUGGGGCCUGAUGUGGAGUUUUUAUCACCGUGACGUUCGGCCUGACGGCGGAGAUGAACAUCAUGGAUGCAGUACUUUGAAGUCACCCUUUAUAACAGUACACGGCGGCGAGACAUUGAGACAGUAUCACGGCUACGAAAGGACUGUCGGCGUAGAAAGAACGUUUCCUUGUAUCUGACAUAUACUUAAAGCUGGGCACACCGCUGUAACGCUUGCAUUUUAUAUAUGAGUUUGAUUUCAAAUUUGGGGAUCAGUGAUAAAUGACGUUGAGGUUUCCUAUUGAACAGCAGUUUGGGGUUUCGUGCAGACAUGUCUCCGGUCAUCUUUAAAGCAAAGAAAAAAUACCAACGAGAAGAAGGAAACGUAGAAAGAAAUGAAGACAAACCAACGCCAUGGUGUUCACACCGUACUGACUGAUCAGGCUUUAUGAAUACACUGUACAGUAUUUUGUGGUGCGCCUAGUAGACUAACUCAGUUGGCCACUCCUCCAUGUGUCCUCCUUCCAGUCAAGACUAAUGGUUUUUCUUUUCUUUUCUGAUUUCCACUUAUUUAUUUGCUGCAUCUCUUUGCCAUCUUUGAGAUGUGAUUAUGAGAUUUGUAUUUAUUUUAUAAUAAAGGAAAAUACUGAAGUUUUUUUUUCUUCGUCAUGGGAGCGUGUCUUCAAAGACAAAAAAAAGGUUUUGUACAUUCUGUUUGAGGGCAUUGUGUUUGAUAAGCCACAAAUCAAUUAAAAUGGAGGCCAUAACAA